UUUAAAAUCAAUUUUUAUUUUGAAGUAAUGAAACCAACUGGUUAGUCCAAACUACAAUUUUGUAUGAUUAAUGUAUAUAAUGGCUUAAAAAAGUCACUCUUAACCUCCCCUCCCCCUUCCCUCCCAAAAUAAUCAUUUCAAACUCAAUUUAGGAGUAACUUUAAAGGUUAAUGGGGCCCUAAGAUAAACUCAUCCAUAUUCAGAUAUUACUAAAAAUCGUUGAGCCUGAGACAUAAAAAUAAGAGAUCUCUAAGUAAAAAGGGUGCCAACUUGCCUAAAAGAAUACAUUUUUAAUGCAACACCAAUGCUGAAAACGUAAAGACAAGCACCACAAAAAACGUUUUUAUAUGUUUGUUGAUAUCAAAUUCCUAGAGACUAUCUUCGAUACAAUAUGCUCAAUGAAGCCACCCUCACGACAUGUUUAGUUAGCAUCAUUUCUAUUAAAAAGUGAGUCUCUCGUUCAAUCUGGUAAAAAUCUAACUAAGCGAACUAAUCAUAUUUUUGAGGGUGGCGUAAAUAUAAUUAGAAGAAACAACUUCAUUAACUUAAGAGUUGUCUUUUCUUUGGUCAGGUAAACAGAAUUGAAAGUGCUGUUUUAUAAUUUAGGGACUAUAUACUUUGUAAAAAUGUGGGUGUUAUUGGAAGGAAACCACAAAUUUAAACAAGUCAACAAAACUGGUUGUUAAAUAUCCAACUUUUUGCGGGUCAGCACCCUUGUUUGAGUAGUGUAUCCCUGAAAUGAAAGAUACGUUUUUAUUGAUUGUACACUACAUGCUACAGAGUGGGACAUGGCAAAAUGUGAUAUUUGAAAAUUCUGUCUGCUUGCCACAUCAUUAAUUAAUGUUUACUUUCCCCUUCCAACUUCUUAACUUAUGAUGUUGCAUGUCUUCCAAAGUUUUAAAGAAUGUGAUGAUUGAGAAAAAUGACAUAAAGCAAAUAACGAUAUUUUGUUUGUUCAGAGUAACAAGUUAAUAGUUGAUGACCAGCCUUUCUAAUUCAUGUUGGCACUCAGCAAUAAGAUAAAUAGAUAAAUAACUGUGCUUGGCUUAGAUGGGGAGACUUGAGUAUUUAAUAAUCAUUUUAAGCUAUGGUCUGCGCUCCACCAGACAACUCCCUGAAACAUCCAUGGGCCUACAGAGUGUGCCAUUUCCCUUACAUGGCUGGGGUUAACUCAGGGAUGUUGUAACAUUCACUUGCCCAUAUUAAAUCACCUCCAAGUGUUAGAGUUAUAACAAAUAAUCUACAGCACCAAUUGCAAACGCCAAUAUGGAUGUGCUAACAAAGCAGACAGGCAAAUAAAAUAUUACAACAAUUCAAACAAAUUUGACUUUUAAAAGCUGAUGAAUGUGUCAAUUGUUCAUAGUCCCACAGUGUUUCCCAACACAGUUCCAGCUUUUAUAGUAAUAAAAAUAUUCCUGAUCAAGCCAAAUGUAACCAUUUUUUGUAUGACUAAAAAUGUUAAAUAAUAUUUUCAUGGUUUAUUCUUAUACCUAGUUGCAUUAGGAGUGUGUAGAGUGCAUUUUAUAUGCCCAUUAUUGUUUUUAGUCUAGUCUGGCACCAUGUUGCCUAUGUUCACCUGUUUGAAUCCACAUCUAACUUUACUGUUGCAUUAAAAUUAACAAAAUAUCAUGUUUUUAUAAUACAUAAUCGAAAUGGUUUUGAUACAAUAUGAAUUUUGUUAAGAAGUACAAAAGUUCUAACAAUUCAGUUUUUUAAAAAAAUGAAAAUGAAAAAUAUUACAAACAUGGUUGAAUAGAAAUAUGAUGUACACCUCAGUGUACAUCAUAUUUUUAAUUUAGAAUGCAAUUCUCAAUAUUUGUAGUACAAAUACUUCUCUGGUAUAACAAAUUGAAUUUUUUUAUAAUUUCAUGAAGAAGAUAAUUUUUUACUAAAGCCAGAAAAGUACUGUUUGUUUCUUUGAUAAAAAUAAAAAAUAGAUAAAUUAAGUAGCUUAAAGUGUAAUGAAAAAAGUUGUAAACAACAGAAUUAUACACUUAACAAUAGGGAAACUAAGGUCAAAAUUUUUUUUUUCAUAAAAACGUUUAUUAUACUAUUUAAAAAAAAUACCUUAAAUUUUUUUUCAAAAAAAAUGUAUUUUUAUGAGGAUUUUAGAGUAAAAAGGUUAUUAUUUACAUCUCCGUUAGAGUACAUAAAAAAACUCUACGAUGGAGAGCAAUGACGUAUGAUCCGCGAGUGAGUAAGUGAAACCAUACUAUAAGGUUCGCCUGAUUUGAUGUAUGAAGACAUAAAAGAUGAAUUUUACUUCUUAACUAUAAUUGUACAUUUUGUCUUUACUACUCAAAAUGCCAAGUUGCCUGGCAUAUGGAUGUUCGCAAACCACUGGGAGAGUAACUGCUAAAAAAAGUUUUUUCAUGAUCCCAAAGCCAGUGAAUACAACUGAGAAACUUCGCGCAGCACAAUGGUUGCAUAAUAUUGGUACUGGAUUGAAUGUAGAAACAUUUCCAUUUGGGAAAAAUAAAGUUGUAUGUGAAGACCACUUCCAUCCUGACUGCAUAAAAGAUGAUUUAAAAGGACGUCUAACGGGGAUACCAUCGAAACGGAAAGAGCUACUUUGUGGAGCAGUUCCAACUAUUUUUAAACACAAAAUUUACGAAUUUAUUAACAUGGAUGGCACUACCGUAUUAAAACGUGAUUCAUCUUUAAAAAGAAAAAUGCAGGAAGAAUGCCUACAUACCGUAAAGAAGUUACUUAGUGAAAACAAAGAAACCACACUUUCACAGACAUUACAUUUCAUAGUAAUGCACCCAAGCCGUAUAUUGUCUGUAUGCUGAAAAGCGUAGUUGUCUAAAAAGAAUAUAAUAUGUUUUGUUGUUGUGGAACCUAGGCCUUACAAAAUGUUGUAUAUAUAUUUUUAAAUAUUCUUUGACUCACAUUCA